GUACAGUACUGACACUGCGUCAAGAAUUUCAGACGGGCCCCGUUGUCCUAGCAACAGCUCUCGAGCGGCCGUCCGCAUUGCUCCAUGUCUUUGCCGGAGCCGGUGAGAAGGCGGCUCAGUUCCUUCAGCCGAACUGUAUUUACGGACAACAACCGCACAGGACCCGAAAACAGAGACGAUGCCAACCACUUUGAUAAUGAAAUAGUCUCCAGUUUGCCCUUACAGAUGUCCCUAUAUUUCAACCUCUGGUUCUUUCCUUUUUGGUGCGCAAGCAGUAUUGCCAUGUUGCAGCUGAAGUAUUCAGUCUUACCAGAUUACUACAAAUUCAUUCUUGUGACAAGCAUUAUAUUAACAUCUUUAAUUGAGGUUAUACGUCUAUACCUUGGAUACAUGGGAAAUUUGCAGGAGAAGGUUCCUGAACUAGCUGGGUUUUGGCUCCUGAGUCUUCUUCUGCAAGUGCCCCUAAUUCUUUUCUUACUUUUAAAUGAAGGGCUAAGGAUUCAACCCUUGGAACGAGCAGUCAACAUAAUUUUUAUAGUAUUUCUUGUCUUCCAAGUUAUUACUGCAUUCCUUGCUCUCAAAAGAAUGGUGAACCAACUGGCAACUCGUUUCCAUCUUCAUGAGUUUGACCGGUUAGAUGCUCAUCUACCCUCUGAUAACUUAGCUUGCCAGGCAAGGAGACUGGAAGCUGCAGGGAUUAUGGGACAACAAGUGGGAGAACUUCAUUCAACAACUGGUGUUUGGGAAUCUGCAGUGAGAGCCUGAUGGGAAGCAGAGCAACACACACAGACACACCCAUUGAAGCUCCUCUGCUUGUGCUUUAACUAUGUGAGUUUUAGAGGAUUUGAUUUAGAAAUCUACCUAGUUCUGGAUAGCACAAACUUAGAGGAGUGAUAUCAACAAGGUAUUCACUGUGGACUGAUUCAGAUGCAGUGGGAAGUGUUAGAAAAAAUGUCAUUGGGUAAUACACUGGACCAUCUUUUGCAAGCAUGAUUUUUUAGGGGAUUAGUCUUCCACUCAUUUCUGCUCAUCUGUUAUGGAAUCUGUACUGUAAUGAUCUUCAUCUGUUGUUUUUUUCAAUAUGUAUUCAUAUGCAGACAUUUUUCAGUGGAGAAAAAAACAUUUUCUGAAGCAGCAUUCAGAUUUCACAAUCCUUUAUGGACACCUGGAAAGUGAUUAAUAAGGCAAGGAUUUCUAUAACCUAAAACUGUUAGAAUAUGAAAGCCUUUAUGAUCUUAAAAUCAUUUAAAUAGAACCAAUUAAAUAAAAAAUAUGACUUUUAAAGCAAAAAUAUGACUUUACAAUUUUUCUGAAAUUAGCAUCCACUUUUUAAAAAUAAACACACACACACACGCUUCUCCCUGAGUUGGGGAGUGAAUAAGAAAAAAAAAACCAGGCGAAUUCUCACUUUCUUUGCUGGUUCAAACUUGCUGGCAUAUCAGGAGGGUUGCCAAUGACUAAAAUAUGUUGCAAGAUUUAGCAGAAAUGUA